AUGUCGCAAUCCGGACUUUCAUCAACAUGGGGGCCAGGUAAUGGCGAUGGUGCUGCUGCCCCUGGUAGUCGCCGAAAAAAGGUCUACGAGUAUUUCAAAGCGGCAAAUGAGCUACGCCAGGCGUAUACCUCACAAUGGUCGGGACAAAAGAAUGAACACGAUGAGGACUACUAUAAUACCCCCGGUGCCUUUCCGGAUGUGGAAAUUGCACGGUCAGGUGACGAGGAGAUGGUGGUCUUCCCCAGUUAUGCUAGGAAAUUAACAGGGAAGAAGAGCACCAGUACCAGCACACGUCCGCGGCGUGACUCGUGGUCAGAAACUAUUGAUGAAUAUCGGGGUGCUGCCCACGAAGAUGAUGAACCUGCUACACCUAAUUGGGAUGCAACAGAGACUGAAGAUGCAGUCGUGGCUGUUGAUGUGCGUGGCUGGAUUUACUCUCCUAGUCGGGGACCGAUGAGCCGAAAGCACCGGUUGAUGAUUGCCCUGGCCAGGAAGCUGAGCGGGAUCUCUGCACCAAGUGGAAAUACAAAUGAUGAAAGUGACGGUAAGGUGCCUGGGAAGGGGCAUGAUGAAUACAUCGACAAGGAGGUCCAAACAUUAGUCGCCACGGCUGAGAAGGAAGCAGACCCGGCUUGGAAAGGCUCGCAUGCCGAGCAAGAACAACAUCAUGGUGCACCAUUGAGUAAAGAUGAAUUGUCUAUAGCGAAUGCCCAUCUGAUGGAAAGACUUCGUCCAUUUUUGACGAAUCCUGUUGGGAGUAUGCCAGUGACGGUGUUCUUCUUCGACGACAAUGAGAGCAAGUCUCGAAAUAUCACGACGGAUGAAUCAGGCCACUUUACUCUUCGCGCUACACUGCCAUUUGUACCAACUCAUAUUCGCGUGUUGGCAUCUGAGGACCUGUCUGUCGCAAAGCCAAUUGAGGUCAUUGAUCCGGUUGGAAUCAGUUUGAUCAGUGACAUCGAUGAUACAGUAAAGCACUCAGCCAUUGCCAGUGGAGCGAAAGAGAUGUUCCGCAAUACUUUUGUCCGUGAAUUGGAUGAACUUACAGUGGAAGGAGUCAGCGACUGGUACUGCAAACUGGCCGAUCAGGGUGUGCAAAUUCACUAUGUGUCGAAUGCUCCCUGGCAAUUGUAUCCUCUCCUUGAGAGAUACUUCAAGAUGGUGGGAUUGCCUCCGGGCUCCUUCCACCUCAAACAGUACUCGGGCAUGCUUCAAGGAAUAUUUGAGCCCACCGCAGAGAGAAAACGGGCAUCAUUAGAACAAAUUCUGCGUGACUUCCCAGAACGAAAAUUCAUACUUGUCGGUGACAGCGGCGAAGCUGAUCUGGAGGUUUAUACUGAGAUUGUCUUGGCAAAUCCUGGCCGGAUCCUGGGAAUCUUCAUUCGUGAUGUUACAACCUCGGAAAACCAGAAGUUCUUUGACAAAUCCGUUGGCCAUCUUGACCAGUCUAAACGCAGUCACAGUUCACCAAAUAUGGUGGACCACACGGACGCUGUUUCCAACAGACCGACGCUCCCACCUCGAGGUGGCACGGCCGCUGUCGACUCUUCAGUGCCCAUAGGCCAUCGUGAUCCAAAUCCAAGCGAUCUUGACCUUGAGGACUUGAUUGAUCUCACAGAUCUCAUCAUCGGCGAUCAGCCACCACCAGCGGGGCUUACCCACCCCACCACUUCACGGCCACGCCCGGCGAAACCAAUCAAACCUUCUGCACUACGCAUGGUUUCUACUCCAGCUGAUUUGGCCAAGAGUUCCAGACCAUCCUCUCUGCGCAAUGUUGCUACACAUUCUGACGAGCCAGAAAAAGACUCCAAACCAGCGCCAAUACAAGAGGCACCCAGGCGCAAACCAGUCCCGCCUGUACCACCCAGACGUGGGGUACCCAAGAAAGAUUCAUUGAUUGAUGUAGAUCCCUCGCCUUCAAUCUCUCAGAGUAGCACUGGGACAUCAACGAAUGAGAUUCCUUCCUCGUGGCUCAAAGGCCUCGAUGAUGGUUUCGCGGGCUCUCAGACUCAACCGCAAGCUACACGCGCCAAGCCACCGCCACCUCGCCCUCCUCCACGUCGCACAACCACCGGGUCUUCGACCACCAGCUCAGAUCCCUCCAGUGCAUCAACUACGCCGGCUCGGACCCCUGCGAGUGGUAUUCAAUCAUACCCAGCGGCUGCCGCCCAGGCUGCAUACCAAGGGUUCCAAUAUGCAAGCGACCGACUCAAUUUCUCAGGAUCUCAAUCGAGCCUCUCACUCGGGAGAGCAGAAUCCAAUGGCGAGUCGGGCGUGCCGCCUGCGCCCCUUCCAAAUAAGCGCGAAGAGCUUUGGCGACGUCGUUGGGAUCGUGCAAGCGAAGUCCUUGAACAACACGGCGUUGUGCUGGGUAGUUGGCGGGUCGGAAGCGAUGCGGAGCCUGUAUGUGCGUGGUUAAUGAAGGAGGCAAUGAAAGAUGUCAAGCGUGGUCGUUAA